CCCUCAAUUCUCUCAUCACCACCUUCUUCCAACCUUAUAAAGUCCCUCGCUCAGCACCUACACAAGCCACACUCAACUACCAUAGCCCGCACGGUGAUAUCCCGCACGGCGCAACCAACCAUGAAGACUCUUUCUUUCAUCCUACUUGUCGUUGCAGGGAUUUUUAGUCCUUGCCUCGCCCAGCUUGAGUGCAACAUCGAGAAUACUCAGGUCAAUGCUUCCGACAGCGUAACGAUGGACAACCCCUUCCAGACGCCCGCAGGGAUGUUCCAAAAUGGCUCCGGCCAGUGGACUUGGACCAUCGCAACGCAAUCUGGCGUCCGAAACGGCGAGGGUAAUGGAAGCACUACUACCAUCGGGCAAGUGCUUCGGCUCAACGUUGAUCCCGUCCCCAAUCUCCUCUCGGCAAAUUCCAGCUACAUCGGAUGUGGCGUCAUCAUUCACGGCCUAUCGCACAGCAAGCGCGUUGAAGGACAGAAGGACACGGAGGGCCGCUGUGACGCGUCGCUCAGUGCUACGUGUCGCGACACAUUGGUUGGGCUUGCUGAGCAGCGGACGCGGGGGCACAUGUUCGAGGCGGGCCAGGACAAGCAACCCCAGGACUUGUGCAAGGCGCUCACAGACCUUGGAGACGGCAAUCCGAUUAACUCGUGCAAGGACGACCUGAGCGAACAUGCCUGGUUUGAACCAUUCCCUUUCGCAACCCCGCUGCUACACCAAGCUUGCUCCUUCCCGCCCGCUGCCAGCAAUGCGUCCCAUGUUAUUCGCUCAUGGGCCAAAUCCACCUACGGGCCCCAGCAUCUUGACGCGUACAACAAUCUCACGACGCUUAUUGAGCCGACUAUUACUAUGCUCCUGGAACCGACGAGGAGGACAUGGGCCAAGGCGCACAUCAUGUGCCUGCGAACUGGGAACCACAUCGCUCAGGGAAGCGCCGAGGCCCCUACCGCGGUGCCUUCUCUGGGUAGUAUGUUGACGCGCAGCUGGGGUAUUGCGGCUAUGGCAAUGCUAGCGGUCGUGUUCAUGUAAAGGGCGCGCGCGUGACGGCUGGGCCUACAUGUCACUGGUAGUGACGUCUUGGUAGCCAGUUACGAACCGAUCUGCGUCUUCUCUUGGACAUCUGUCG